GCUGUGGAAAGAUUAACAUUUUGAUACGAAGCCGUGUUUUCCGUUCCGUGUUUGUGUUCCCGAUAAGGCUUUUGCAUAAUUCCACACACACUGGCCGCACAUCGAACACACAACAGAGGAGCUACUCGGCGCACAGUGACUGUAAAGGACAGUUCUUUUGUACGUGUAACUCCAAGUUAAAAAGGGCAAUGAUGUGAAAUGUGAGUGGCGAACCGCAGCAUAACAGCAACUGUAUCCAACAGCAAACACAGCAGCAUUCAAAGCGUGACUCUAUACCCGCGGCUGGUCGUACAAGAGUACUCGACCCAUACCAUCUAUCAAACAAGAAAAAAACACACAAGGCAGGAGCUCGCUACGGCUCGUAGAUCCGACACCAUGUUUGUGAACCAGUGCACCCGCCGACCUCACAUGAAUGUGUUUGUGCUACUGCUCGGUGCGACUGUGAUAUGCCCCGCUUAUGGAAUAAUUGAUCGGCUGGUGGUACAAACCAGCAGCGGUCCGAUACGCGGACGUUCGACGAUGGUGCAGGGGCGCGAGGUGCACGUAUUCAACGGUGUCCCGUUCGCAAAGCCACCGGUGGAUAGCUUACGGUUUAAGAAGCCUGUCCCAGCAGAACCAUGGCAUGGGGUGCUCGAUGCAACCAGAUUACCUCCAUCAUGCAUACAGGAGCGAUACGAAUAUUUCCCUGGCUUCGCGGGCGAAGAGAUGUGGAACCCUAAUACGAACGUUUCGGAAGAUUGUCUAUAUCUCAACAUAUGGGUGCCAACAAAGACACGCCUUCGACAUGGUAGGGGUCUGAACUUUGGAAGCAAUGACGUAAGUAAAGUGGAGGGUUGCAAUGCAAAUGCGGCUUCUGACCACACUACGCACUCCGCGCAUCCCACAGGAGGGCUGGCAAUGCUUGUUUGGAUUUAUGGUGGCGGUUUUAUGAGCGGCACCUCCACGUUGGACAUUUACAAUGCCGAAAUACUGGCCGCGGUCGGUAAUGUCAUCGUCGCGUCGAUGCAGUACCGUGUCGGUGCAUUUGGUUUUUUGUACCUUGCCCCGUACAUCAGUGGGUACGAAGAUGACGCUCCAGGCAACAUGGGUAUGUGGGAUCAAGCGCUGGCGAUACGAUGGCUGAAGGAAAAUGCGAAAGCCUUCGGUGGUGAUCCAGAUCUGAUUACGCUGUUUGGCGAGUCGGCUGGUGGCAGUUCGGUGAGUUUGCAUCUGCUAUCGCCAGUCACACGAGGGCUCUCGAAGCGUGGCAUUUUGCAAUCCGGUACACUGAACGCCCCCUGGAGCCACAUGACCGCAGAGAAGGCACUACAGAUCGCCGAAGGGCUCAUCGACGACUGCAACUGCAAUCUGACAAUGCUGAAGGAAUCGCCUAGCACGGUAAUGCAAUGCAUGAGGAAUGUCGAUGCGAAGACCAUCUCGGUCCAGCAGUGGAAUUCGUACUCCGGCAUACUGGGAUUUCCUUCAGCGCCGACCAUUGACGGUGUGUUUAUGACCGCCGACCCGAUGACCAUGUUACGCGAGGCUAAUUUGGAAGGAAUUGAUAUUCUCGUUGGCAGCAACCGGGACGAGGGAACCUAUUUUUUGUUAUACGAUUUUAUAGACUAUUUUGAAAAGGACGCGGCAACAUCAUUGCCCAAGGAUAAGUUUUUGGAAAUUAUGAACACCAUCUUUAACAAAGCAUCCGAGCCGGAACGUGAGGCAAUAAUCUUUCAGUACACGGGUUGGGAAAGUGGAAAUGAUGGCUAUCAAAAUCAACAUCAGGUUGGGCGAGCGGUUGGUGAUCACUUCUUCAUCUGUCCAACCAACGAGUUCGCACUCGGUCUAACGGAGCGUGGUGCAUCGGUUCACUACUAUUAUUUUACACACCGUACCAGCACAUCACUUUGGGGUGAAUGGAUGGGCGUACUGCACGGGGAUGAAGUCGAGUACAUUUUCGGCCAGCCGAUGAAUGCGUCCCUGCAGUACCGGCAGCGGGAGAGGGAUUUAAGCCGACGCAUGGUGCUAUCUGUCAGCGAGUUUGCACGGACAGGAAACCCCGCCCUGGAAGGUGAACAUUGGCCUCUGUAUACCAGAGAAAAUCCAAUCUUUUUCAUCUUCAAUGCGGAAGGUGAGGACGAUCUGCGAGGCGAGAAGUAUGGUCGCGGACCGAUGGCAACAUCGUGCGCAUUUUGGAAUGACUUUUUACCAAGGCUACGAGCAUGGUCAGUACCGUCGAAAAAUCCGUGCCACAUACCCGAGCAAUUGUCGACAGCCAGUACGGCCAGAACAAUGCCCAUAGUUGUGAUGGUGUUGGUUUGGAUGAUCCCGCUGUUGGCGGGAUUGGUUGCUAAUUAAAAACCAGCGUGCGGGAACGCGUUCACUCACACACAGUUCACUUGCACACGCGUGAGGGGAUGCUAUUUAUUAAUGCUUACGUAGUGGACAUAUCCGAUCGUACUAAGUAUCAUUGGUUUGUGAUGGCGUAUAUACAUAUAUAUAUCGAAUUUCAAGGAGCUUUUCUGGUGAAGCGCAGGCGCUUUUCAUCAUCAUGGAUACCCAUAAACCUUUUUUAAAGUAAAAGAAAAACUAAAAACAAAACAAACCAACCGAAACCAAAAGAAGAAGAAGAAGAAGAAUAAAGGAAGGAGACAAGAAGAUAAAGAUACAAACUAAACAAACAUAAAAAAAAACACACACACCCAAACACAGACACACAAAGAAGCAUACAUUCGCCACGACGUUACCAAAGGACUGGAUCCUGUGAUCUUUUUCUUUAGGUACUGGGUGCCCUAUAAAAAAAACAACCUCUGUCACAAAUACAUAUCACGUGCUUGAAGACUUAUGAAAUAUUGCUGUGUAGCUAUAUUAGUGAAUAUUGAAAACAAAAUAACAAAAGCGUAAAUUGUAAGCACAACGCGUAAAGUUUGCCGGAAUGUUACGGACGGCGCGUUUUGGACACACACUAAUGCAGUAGAUUGUGAAUCCUCCGUUUGAAUCUACUUCUCUCUCUGUGUUUCACGUGAUAAUGGGUUUUUCUGUGUUGUUUCGUUUCAAACUAGUUAUCUUUAUAUAAAAUUUAUAAAGUAUAUAAAUACUCGAAGAGAGAGAGAGAGAGAGAGAGAGAGAGAGAGAAAAAACCCGAAAGAGAGAAAAAGAAUUAGAAAAGAGCACUAUUUAGAUGUUACAUUAAAGAUAUUGCUGAUAAGUUAGUGUUAUUAUUUUGAUGGCUUUGUUUUAAACAUAGAAGCAAAACAGAAGAAGAAGGUAAUCUCCUCCCCCAAACAAUGGAAGGGAAAAACGCCCAAUUUGCAUUCAAUCGUAAGAGUUAAACAUCCAUCUUUUUUAGAUGUUCAAACCGACUAUUUAAUAUAAAUAUGUAAAACCCAAAACAUAUCAUGCAACAACAACACAAAAAAACUCAAGAAACUGGAUAAACUUAGAUAUUAAUAUACAUUAUUAUAAAGAAGAGGGAAGAACAACCCAAGAAAAAUAGAAGAGUAACGAAUGCAGUAAAGAAAGAAGGAAAACUAAAACAAAGAGUAAUAGAGUAAGGAAAAUCUACCUUUAUAAGAAAGCUUUUUAUGAGAAUUGUAAAAGUCACUUUAAAAACGAAAAACCAAAUCAAGAACCUAGAAGAAGUAAACAAAUAUAAAACCGUAAUGAAAGCUGUGUGCGGCGAUAUUGUUAGUACUGCUACUAUUAGUAAAAAAAAUUGAGUUGGUUUAUAGUAACGGUCUAAUAUACGCGAUGCGGUCUUAUGAUCAAACAUUCAUCAUAUAUGUGAUUCAUAUCGUGUUUAGCCUGGUGGCAGGCUGAUGAUAGUAAAAAAGUGCGAAGCAAAAAUUCGUAAAUAUCUGAAAAGACAGGAGGACAUAAAACCAAUUCAAACAAAAAAAGGGCCACAAACCAUCCUGUGACGCGUAUGAACAGUUUUAUCUAGAAAAGUAUAUCAAAUUGAAUGUGCACUGCAGCAUAUACUGCAAGAGAAAAAAAAACAAAUCCACACUCACACAACAACAAAAACAAAAAAUACGAAGACAUAUCAG